AUCCGAAACAUUCACAGUUUGGGUCCAUCACUCAGCAGCAGACAUGGAUUGCGGAAUUCUAACAUCGAAAACCGUUCUUUUAUUUCUCAGUUUAACAUUUUGGGCUGCUGGAGCGGCCCUCGCGUAUGUUGGCUCUUAUGUGAUAAAGAGCUACAACAGCUUUGAAGACUUUGUGUCUGAUAAGUACUCUGUCAUCCCAGCAGCCAUUAUAAUCGGUGUGGCUGUGGUCAUGUUUGUCAUCGGGAUCGUUGGCUGCUGUGCAACUCUGAGGGAGUCCAAAAUCGGUUUAGGCUUUUUUCUUAUCAUCAUCAUGAUAAUCUUCGCAGCUGAGGUGACCGCUUUUGUGUUUGGCUUCAUCUACAGGGGAAGAAUUAAGGGUGACCUAGAAAAGUCAAUGAACAGCGUCUUUCAAAAGUAUGACGGUGUGAACACUGAAGCCCAUGCAGUGGAUUACUUGCAAUCUCAAUUGGAGUGCUGUGGGGUGAAUAACAUCACAGACUGGACUGCAAUACCAUGGUAUGGCCAGCAUAACAACUCUGUGCCACAUUCCUGCUGCAAAGCAAUUGCUACACAAUGCACUGGCCAACUCACCCGACUAGAUCUUCUGAACACACAGGGAUGUGAAGCUAAACUGGAGCAGAUGCUUCAGGAUGUGCUUAGUUAUGCAAUGUUGGUCAUCCUGGGAUUUGCCAUCAUUAAGCUGUUUGGGAUGCUCAGCAUCUGUGUCAUUACCUGCAGAAGCAAGAAGAAUGACUAUAAGCGUCUGUACGCGUGAUAGUAAAAUCUCCUGAAUCCCUCUCUUGGGACAGUCUCUACAGUCUCAAUACUGUGCAGCUAAACACAGCCUCACUGGCACCAUAAACAUCAGUGGUUUGAAGGUGUGGCAGUAUUCCAAACAUGUAGCCUUUUGGUUUGAAUUUGAAAGUGCAACUUGAACUUGAAGCAAUGCUGACAGGAACCACACAGGUGUGUGGUCAGAAAAACACUGAACAUUAUCAAAUGAUCAAAGAGGUGUCUGUAAACCAUGUGACAUUCUUAGUUUUGACUAUUAACGUUUUCCUGCCUAACAGGUUUAUGCUAGCCCUUGACAAAUACUGUAUGUCUAUGUCUCCAACCCCACAAAAGUACUAGAAAAUGUUAUAUAGCAGUACUUCACCAAAUGUGUUUAAAAUGUAGAUCAAACGUUAGAGUUGAUAGAUGCACUUCAUUUUUGAGGAUUUUAUGUUUCUGUGGGCUUUAGUUUCUACGUUACAUUCAGUGUUUGUUUUUUUGUUUUUUUCAGUGCUACUGUCCAAAUGAUAUCUGUCUUAUAGUUGUCUGUUUACAUGCAGUGUAUUUUUUUUUUCUGCUGUUCAAAUUAUAUCUUGUCUUAUAGUUGUCUGUUUAUUAUAUUCAUUAAAAUGAUUUAGCACAACAGAAGGAUUAAAUUAUGGAAAUAAACUGGUCUGAGUGUAUUUCUGCAUUUUUCUAGAUUAACAAAAUGCAUGUACAUAAUUAUCCUCAACUGACUGUUGUUCAUCAACACCAUUUCUGAGGAAAUACACGUGAUUUUAGAUAAAUUGUGGGCGUACACUUCACUUGUUAUCUGUCUCACACUGACACAUUUGUGACGAUAUUGCUCAUGAAAGUAAGCCCUGAAAUGUAAUGAGAAAUGCUCUGUUGGCCCACUUUUUUUUCUUUUCUUUUUUUGCAAACAACACAAAAUGUAUUGAAUCCCUGAAUUGUGGAAACCAUCUUGACACCCUUAAAAUGAACAAACUGUCCCUUACUUUGUAGUGUUACGCAGUGUUUUCAAAUAUUCACCUU